GCUUAUCCUUUCUUAUGACAAGGUUUUAGCGCAAUCGUUUUUUUUUUACAUUCGUGUGCAAAUCAUUUUGUUUGUCCCACUUGGUUCACUGUUCUGACGUCAGACCUAAACAACAAGGACUGAAAGCUAUUAGCCUUGGAUUCGCUGUAUAUUUGUUUGAACUCAUAUUAUAAUGUCUCAAGAUCUCUGGUUACAGAACUAUGAUGCUACGUGCCGCCUCGCUCAAGAGAUUGCAGAGAACAUCCACGAGAGAAACCGGCAGCAAAGAACUGGAGGAAACCCUGCCAAGGUCAACAUGAGUCUGCGAGCAUCGCUACAGAAGCUGAAACAGAGCAUCAGCCAGCUCAGAGAGAGCUUGCUCCGGGCCUCGUCUUCCCGACGCAUAAUGCAGUCCGAAGCAGAUCGAAGGCAGAACCUCGUGGACGACCUGGUCACCAGGGAGAAGCAACUCAACGCCACUUUCAAGGGUGACGUCACAGAACCCGAGCCCUCAAGAGGGGUCGAAGGAUUCGCAGUCUGCUUUUGAGGAUAAGUCACCGGUCACUGUCUUUGUGUGCAAAGUCUUUGGACUUCCGUGUGACCCUCAUUUUGACCUCCUCUAUCAAUCGGAAGUUUGCUGCCGCUACGCCUUGGUGAUCACACAUUUGGAACCUCACAAAUCAUGGACGCACACACACACACACACACAGACUCAGCCUGGUUAAAGACGUGAGGGGGAAAAUGUGUGACCGGAGAGCUUAAAGAGUUUACAGUUUACCACUCUUCACUGAGCUCAUAUCCUGUUGUAGUGGAUGAAUCAAAGAGCUCGACCUCACUGGCUGUAUCCUGUUUUGUGUAUUAUCCCUAAUCGAAGUGACAGAUCCACACAGGAGCCUGAAAAACAGUCAUUACCUGGAACUGGGGCUUGACCGGCCGAACCCAGGUGGCUUGUUUUGGGGAUAGGAAGAGGCCGGUAUUGCUGCGGUGUGGUUAUGUGUGGAGUUCACGUCAGUGUACUUUGUGUAGAGACAUUUUCGUGAAUGACGGUGAAUUCCUUUUCCUCCACGCUCUUUUAAUUUCUCAGGCUUUGUAGUAUGAGCGCUACUCCUUUUUGUUGUGCAUUUUGCUCCCUUUUAUGGUGUCUGGUUUAGGUCAUUUAUGGCUUCAUAAGCGCUGGGAAAGCUUUCAUCUUUUAGGAAACCCCCUGCACACAUUGGUGGGCUAGUACUAACUACGUGGGUGCUGGUCAUCAUACGGUGUUCCUUCAAGUUUUCCUGCAAAAGUGUAAUUUUGAUGUUAACGUGGUGGUUAGUUUGGUCGAGUAGGGGAAGAAGGAAUUGUGGGUAGUAUAGCUGACCCACAGUGUGUGGUCUUUGUGGUGGGGGUAUUAGCUGUGCUUGGAUAACCUAAGCGCUUCCAUUUUUGGGGGGCGGGGGGGGCGGGGGUAGGGUUAGCGCAGAGGGGGCUUAACUUAUUCCUGAAACAAUACAUUCAAGGCAUCUUAGACUCAAAAUGAUUUGGCGGAAAAAAAAGGACACCGCGCCUCACUUUGAAGGCUUUUUGAAGCGCCCAUGACCCCCUCUGAACCCCCCCCCCCCUUCAUCCACCCCCCUACCCC